AUGCUAGCCAAAACCAAUGUGCCCCAUGAAAACUCUCCACAAAAGAUUCAAGUUCAGCAUGUCCCAAAGCCCGUGUCUGAUAGGUUGCUGGAGAAGUUCUACGACGAGCCACAGUUCGAUUUUGAUUAUGAACAAAGUGGGUUGUGGUCUCCUCCGGUUCCACGCACAGUGUUCUUGAACUCCCCCGGAAGGAUAUUCACUGAGCAAGAAAUGCUUGAAAGACUCAGAAGAAAAACUGCACGAAGACAUGGCAAAAGAUUCAGAGUUUGUUUCAGUGUACAAUGA